AUGUCGACACCACGUGUUGUUGAAGCUCUUGACCAAGAGAAGAGGCAAUCGACAGUCAUCCAGGAUCAGGAAAUCUUGAGUCAACCAAAUCAUACAGGAGAUUUACAGGAUAAGGAGGCUCAGACUACAAUUGUCACAGCACUUGACGCCUCAUCUGUCAAUUCCACGCAAGAUGACCCGGCUGACGCACUGCCUCCUGUGCCUUUGAAAAUCAAGUUGCUGAGUAUCUUGCUGGUUUCUUGCAUCGGUUUCGGAUCGCAAUGGAGCAGCGGUGUUAGCUCUGCCAUGAAAUCGACCAUGAAGAAGGAAAUGCACAUCAACAAUACGCAAUUUUCUCUCCUCGAAGCCAGCGAGGAUUUCAUGUCUUCAGCCCUCAUUCUCCUCACUGGCAUCUUUACCGACCGUCUAGGUGGCACAGGAUGCAUUGUCUACGGCAACAUUAUCUAUACCAUUGGCUCCAUCUUCAUUGCAGGCGCUGCAGAAAUGCGCAGUUACAAGUUCAUGAUUGUGGGCAGGGUGAUAGCGAGUUUUGGAGAUAUUGCAACGCAGGUUGCGCAGUACAAGGUUUUUAGCAGUUGGUUUCCGCCCAGUGCGGGAUUUGCGAGUACGCUAGGGUUUGAGUUGGGGAUCAAGAAGAUUGGUGGCUUUGUUGGCAAGUCGACUGCUAAUAUCAUUGCCAAGAACUGUGGCUUCUCAAGCGUCUUCUGGACAAUGGUAGGCAUGAACCUCUUCACCAACCUCGGCACAAUCCUCCUUUUCCUUCUAGUACGCUACUGCUCAUCGCGCUACUCUUCCAUCGCCGACCCCUCGACCGGCGAAAAGCUCACCGAGAAAAACAAAAAUCUCGACUUUAAAAAGGUGCUAGAGAUGCCUUGGCCCUUUUGGUCCAUCAUGGCAUUCACACUUUUUCAAACCACAACCGCAAAUGUGUUUUCCCAAAACGCGACGGAGCUUGCUGAGCAGAGGUUCAAGACUUCAGCGGUCAAGGCAGGUUGGUAUACAGCAGUGUUGCAGUAUGCAGGAUUCUUCUUCGUGCCGUUGUUGGGAGUGUUUAUCGAUCUUGUAGGUCAGAGGGUUAGUGUCAUGGUGGUUUGCGGCGGUGGAUGUUUUUUGUCCAUGGCUUUGGUUUGUUGGGCGCCUUCGCUCAAGGGCACUGCUGCUGCGUUUGGGAUUUAUGCGUUUGCGUUUUCCCUUGGGCCGACUGUUAUUAUAGAUAGUGUGAGGACGUCUAUGUGGCAUCAGGGGGCUUUUGGAACGGCGUAUGGUAUCAAGAUUACCAUCAACAACGCUAUGUCCUGCAUCACACGCAUCCUCACCGGCGCAAUCCAAGACGCGGACAACAACUCCUACCACCGUGUUGUUCGGGUCUACGCCUUCUUUGGCUGUGCUUCUCUUGCCGUGUCUCUAGUCAUCCUCACAUUGUCUUUCCUCUCACCGGAUCUAGGACGCUUGCAAUACAGCCGCAAGAAGAGACUUGUUCAAGGAGCGUUCAUCCGAGAAAGACUGCAGAGGUUUGAGACGACCAUGAGACAGAGGAACAAACGCAUCUCGGUAAUUUGUUUCGGGUUCACGAUGAUGCUCAUGCUUGGGGGAUGGAGUGCUUACUUCUGGGGCGUUGCUACAGGCAAUAACAAGUGA